CAUUUCAUCCUCCAAUCAUCCCCUUCUUCUCUUCUUCUUCCCUACUCCCACCGAGAUUUCGUCCUCGCUAUCACGCAACACCGCAGAUCCGGAUCAUUUCAACUUUCAAUAUACUCACCGAAGCUUGAGAAGGUUGCUAUCCGCAUCCUUGUUUCUUCCCAUACCUUGACAUUGGCAUCUUUUUCUGGAUCACAUCUUCUCUCUGGGAAUUUUCCCUAGGUUUGAGCACAGGACAUCCAGCGUGUUUGGUGCUUCUGUGGCAAAAUAUUCUAAUAUAACGAUUGAUACAGUGAACAGGAUUAAAAAUGGAGUUGAAUAGCCUGAAAGAUGCAUUUGAUCGCGUUGCAAAGAAGCAAAAGCUAUUCUGCUCUAAAUCUCAUGAAGUUAUGGAUCAGAUUGUGCAAGAAAUCGAGAAGGCAAUAGAGAUGAUGCAACCAACGACCCUUGAUCAUAAAUCCAUACUUGCUGAACUGAAGAAAAAACUGCAUGAAAUUGCUCCACUCGGUCAGCUUGAAGGCACACAGAAGGAACUCAACAUAGCAUUGAGCAAGUAUCCAAAAGCUCUUGAGAAAGCCCUUAAUCCUGAUAUAUCCAAAGCUUAUCGAAAUAUUGAGUUUGAUUCCCGUAUAGUUAAUCAAAUAAUUACCAGCCAUUUCUAUAGGCAGGGCCUGUUUGAUGUCGGUGAUUGUUUUAUAACUGAGGCUGGGGAAGCAGAAGCUGCUGCUGCUACAAGAUCACUUUUUCAAGAAAUGUAUCAAAUACUUGAAGCCAUGAAGAGUAGGAACCUAGAGCCCGCCCUGAAAUGGGCAGCCGAAAACUCAGAUAAACUAAAAGAAAAUGGCUCAGACCUUCUGCUUGGACUCCAUCAGUUACAGUUUGUGCAAAUAUUACAAAAGGGUAGCAGAGAUGAAGCGCUCAAGUACGCAAGAACCAACUUUGUUCCUUUUGCUGGAAACCAUAUGGCUGAAAUCCAGAAACUCAUGGGGUGUCUCUUGUAUUCCGAUAGACUUAGCGAGUCCCCAUAUGCUCAUUUAUUGUCGCCCACCAAUUGGGAUAUAAUGGCUGAGGAGCUCACCAGACAGUUCUGCAAACUACUGGGGCAAUCAUAUGAGAGUCCACUGAGUGUGACAAUAGCAGCAGGGGUCCAAGGGCUGCCACCUCUUCUAAAGUUUAUGACAGUUAUGGCUGGGAAGAAGCAAGAAUGGCUAUCAAUGAAGCAGCUGCCUGUUCCAGUGGAAUUAGGUAAAGAGUUUCAAUUCCAUUCUAUAUUUGUGUGCCCUGUGUCUAAGGAGCAAUCGACCGAUGAUAACCCACCGAUGCUGAUGUCGUGUGGUCAUGUGCUCUGCAAGCAAUCUAUCAACAAGAUGUCAAAGAAUGGAUCAAAAGCUUUCAAGUGCCCGUAUUGCCCAUCCGAUGUUGAUGCAGCACGGUGCAGACAGCUGAAUUUCUGAUAUAUGUACCCUAAUAUGCGAAUGGGGUUGUACUAAAAAACUGAUUCCUUUGGACUGAAUCAAAAAUGUGUAGAAUUAGAAAUUGUUUGUGGUGAGAUGCUGGCAAUGCUGUGCAACAGUGGUGUAGUAUUUGCUGGACUUGCGUGUAAAUAGAAAUGCGUUCCAACAUCCAUGCUGGUAAUAAAUCGAUAAUCCUCUUUUAAUAUUUA